GCAGCCAGAGACCACAAGGGAUCCACAGAGGGUGCAGCCACUCCGGCCUCUGCAUCCAGGUCGCUUGAAUGGGGGGCGCCCUGGUGUGGGUGCUGUUGUUGCCGCUGCUGCUACAGGAUGCAAGGACCCAGGAAUAUUCCUGCGCGCUGUUCUCGGGGAACGUGGACUGGACCAAGGAGUUCCAGGACAUGUGCCUGAAUUUCAGUAAGAAGGGCCUGAGCCUGCCCCGGAACCAGUCUCUGCUGGCCAGCAAAGUGAUCUCCCUGGACCUGUCUGCAAAUGGCCUACGUGAGCUCCCGCCAGUCUUCUUCGCGAACCUGGGGACGCUGCAGAUUCUGGAUGUCACAGGCAACGUACUGGACCAUGUGGAUGGUGCGCUGGCUGCACGCUGUAACCUGGACCUGAAAGCCAACUGCCGCUGUAGCCUAGAGGUCUGGCACAAGGUCCGGAGUGACAACUGCUCUGGCCAGCUGCCCCUGCAGUGCCUGGACGUGGCCAUGGGUGCCUGGCGCAACCUCUCCGCCUUCCUGGAGGCCAGCUGUGCCCCCCGCUUGGCCCCGAGCACCAUCGGGGGGCUGGUAGCCGGUGGAUGCCUGCUUCUUGGGCUGGCCAUCUCUGGGCCCAUGGUGGCCUGGAGGCUCCGGAGGUGCCGGGUGGCCAGUAGCCACGGCCUGGGAAAAGCCCAGGCCACCAAAGAUGAUUCCAGGCCCCACUGGGGCUGGCAGCCACAGUACAGCAGUCAGGGCCUCAACCCCAAGUCCCCAGUGGUCACCCUGUCCAGCUCCCACACUUCUGACUAUGAGAACAUGUUUUUGGGCCAGCAGGCUGCUGGGCCUGGCUUCCAGGAGCACGACUUGGCCAAACAUGGGGGUCACUCGCCAGAGGAUGACCUCUACAUGAACUACGAGGGCAUCAGCCAGACUUCCCAGCCCAUCUACUGCAACCUGGCGUCGCUGGGCCAGGCCCCUCUGGACGAAGAGGAGUAUGUGGUCUCCGGGCGCUGAGCCUGUGACAUCUGGAUUUCUCCCUGCCCCUCCUAGUCUCUGCUGGGUGACUCGGAGAGUUCUGGCUCUUCUCUGGCAUCAGUCUCCCCAUCUGAGGAUUGAGGACGUAGAGGGACCACCCUUAUGGCCCCAGAGAGGCUCUGCAACCCCGUCUCCAGGCUUCACUCUACUCCUUGGCCCUCUGCUAGGUCAGAAGGCGAAGAGGGAGAUCCGGGCGAGGGGACUGGAGGGAUGAUGUGUGAACCUAGCCAUCACCCUUCUGUCUGCAUGCAGGUGACACUCAAUAAACACUGGGGGGUGAAUGAGAAUGCUGGCUCAGGAAGAGUGGAUUCCUCACGGCGGAGGGGAUUUCCUGACUUCCCACCCUGCUCCCUUCUCUCUGCCCCAUCUUCAGGAGUAAUUGUUGGAUGCUGUCAAGUCGAUUCCAACUCAGCAACCCUACA